GGUCAUCAACCAACCACUACUACACUAACAUGGCUAAGAGACAGGCUAGUGCCAAGGAGGGGAACUCCAAGAAGAAAUACAAGCAAGGAGGGAUCGUGGAACCAGCCACCUCCGGGAUCUACGCCACGUGUGUCAAAGGCCGUGAGCAGAACGCCCGCAAGGAGUUGAUGAACUUGCUUUCCGACAAGGUUGCUGAGAUGUAUGAUUUGGACAACCUCGAGGAAGAGGAAGAGGAGGAAGAUUUGUCCAUCGAAGACCAGAUCAACAAGGAACUCAGCGAGAUGAAGGCCACUAAGGAUACCAACAAGGAGUUGUUGAAACCAAUUGAAUUGGGCUGCGAGUGUGUCAUCUUCAUCAAGACCAGAAAACCGAUUGCGCCGGAGGAGUUGGUUGAAAAAUUUGUUUCUGAGCUCUGGGAGAAGAGCCGAAAGGUCACCCGCUACACCCAGAGAUUGUCUCCCGUGACAUUUUCCGUGACACCUACGGCCUCGGAGUUGAAGAAGCUCUCCGCGCGGGUUUUAGCCCCACAUUUCCACAAGCCUGAGGGCCAGGAACCGGUUCGCUAUGCUAUACAGGUCCACAGAAGAAACUUUGACUCCUUGGAGAAGGAUGCGAUUAUCAGAUCCAUUGCCGAGUCUGUUGGCAGAGACCACGGCCACGUGGUGGACUUGAAGAACUUUGACAAGCUUAUUUUAGUCGAGGCAUUUAAGAGUAACAUUGGGAUGAGUGUGGUGAACAACUAUAACAAGUAUGAGAAAUACAACUUGCAGCAGAUCUUCGAGAAGAGCCAGAAGAACGCCGAAGAUAGUACGUCUAGAGUCAGGGCUGCGAACGAAGGAGGAGCCACGGAGGAAGUUAAAAAGGAUGACGAAGUCAAGGAAAAGGCUCCAGAAGAGGCCAAGCAAGAAACCCAGGAGGUGAAAUAAGCGUGGGAACAGCUAAUAUAUGUCAACUGUUAUAUGUAAUGGGGGUAUGCAUAGGGCUCUAUGAAUUGGCAUCUAAAAUAAAAGCAAACUUUAGAAAUUUGAGUCUUGGCAACCAUGGAUAAAAUUUAGUGACAGAAAAUGGAAGCUAUAGCACUCAAAUAUACCAAUACGGAUG